AUGAGUAGUCAUGGCCCUACUAGUUCCUGCGAGAGACGAUACAACAAAGUCAUGACGAAAGGUAUUGAUGUAAACAGUAGUAGUGAUUCUGAUGAUGAUCGUGCAUGUAGUAAACCUAGAUUAUUACUUGGGGAGCAAUUUAGGUCAAAUUCUGCUCAUCAGUUUAGGAGACGUGCGGAGAAAGUUUGGGCUAGUCCGGGAGAUAAAGAAGAAGCUGUACCCGAAAAACGUACACCGGAGUCUAAAUCUGUAUCGGAAGAAAAGGUUGGUGACAUCAUUCACUUGGAUCGAACCAAUUACUUCAUAAUUGACAUUUUCGAGAAAGAGAUCAUGGAGUUGGGAGAUAAAGUUGAUUUAAACUACAAAAGAUUCAACAAGUUUGAAGUUGUUGAUGGAGAUGCUCCAAGAGACCAUCACUUCUACAACAAUCGUUGUUGUUACUCCCCUUGGUGUUGUGUCCGCGCAGGCGAAACUAUAGAGAAAGAAUGGAGAAUUCUAGAGAGAAAAUUAGCUUCAAUGGAGAAACAAGGAGUUAGCUUCUUCUCGAGAACUUAUAAAGAACGAAAAGAGCUAAUGAGAGUUGUUGUAACCGUGACAAAAGGUGAUAGUAUUAGUCACAGCUUGUUCUUCUUCGACGUUAAGUUCCCUACAGAAUAUCCGAUGCAAGCACCGAGUGUCUUUUACCAUCCAUAUGGCCUUCCUUUGAGUACUCCCGGAACCGUAAAGCCAUUGAGACCGAAGUUUUGUUACAACAUAGUAGAUGUGUUCUUGCAUAUUCAAGAACUUGUGUUGCUGAACACAAAUCAGUCGUGUCAUCAGAUGCUAGAUAUGCUGAAACGGCCGCUUAAGGGGUUCGAAGAUUUCGUCACGGGGCACUUUAGGAAGAAGGGAGCUUUGAUUCUGCGGAAGAUGAUGGAAGAAAUGGAUAUGGGAAAAGAGAGGGAUAGAAACAUGUUUUGGAAGAUGUACAUUGCUUUUGAAGACAAUAAAUCUUAUUGUGAGCAUCUUCUCAAUAGUGAUCUUAAAGAAGAGCUCAAGAGAUUCAAGGAGAAAGAGUAUUCACUUAGCGAACACUACUCCUCUUCAUCUACAUACUUCCCGGUGAUUAGCAGGUUCGAUGAUGUUAAAAAGACAUCCAAAUCCCAAAUCCUAUGGAACAGGCUCCCGUUUCUGUUUUAG